ACCUCCGGCAUUGUCACAAACGGGUCCGUAGACAUCAAUGGUCAAACCGGUUGCAAGAUUGGACAAGAACCCGAUGGCGGCCAAGGCGACACCAUACAUGUCACAAAUGUCGAACGAGAAGUAGACAACAAGGGCCAAGACAACAACGGGGAUGAUGGCGGACUUGAAUCCCAAGGCAAUACCGUAGAUCAUAUUGGUAGCAGCUCCUGUCUUGCACGAGUUGGCCAAUUCACGGACGKGUGCGUACGAGUGAGACGUGUAGUAUUCGGUGAUCAAACCAAUGGUCAGUCCUCCGACGGCUCCCAUAGCAACACAGAUUGUAGCAUCCAAAGGAGUGAGGGUCAAGACGGCAUCUCCAACAGUGGCAUGCAAUUCAAAGGAGGCAGGAAGGUAAUUCAUGGCGGCGUAGUAAACAGCGGGAACCAUAACAAUGGUGGUACUGAUGAGCUGGACCUUGAGGGCGCGUUCGACAUCGGAUUCUUGCUUGACGGUCCAGAUGUGAGUAGCGAUAAAGGAGCACACCAAGCAGACAAAGAUUCCGACAGCCGAGACAAUGAUGGGGAAGACCAUGGCAUCCCAUCCUCCAGACAAACCAAUGCUGCUUCCAAUGACCAAGGCAGCACAGGUGGAUUCAGCGAAGGAUCCAAACAAAUCGGAUCCCAUACCAGCGACAUCUCCGACGUUGUCACCAACAUUAUCGGCAAUGGUGGCGGGGUUGCGCGGAUCGUCCUCGGGGAUUCCGUGAACAACCUUUCCAACCAAAUCGGCACCAACGUCGGCGGCCUUGGUGUAGAUUCCUCCUCCAACACGCCCGAACAUGGCAAUGACGGAUCCUCCCAAUCCGUAUCCGGUGAGAGAUUCGGUGAGCAAGAUCCAUUCUUUGGCAUCGGGGUAGUGCGAUUUGAAGAGUAGCGCGGUUCCGUAGAGCAUAAAGAUUCCCAUACCGCAGAGGGCGAAUCCCAUGACGGCUCCAGCUCGGAAUGCGGUGUUAAAGCAUUCGGUCCAUCCGGCUUUUUGCGCCGAGACGGUGGUGCGAACGUUUGAGAAAACGGCAACCUUCAUUCCUAGGUAUCCGGAUGCCAUCGAAGUAAAGGCACCGAGCAAGAAGGAAAUGGCGGUAAAGCUACCGCGCGACAUGUCCCAUCCGGUUCCCCAGGAAACCAAGAUGAAGAUGAGCACGGAGAAACUGACAACGAACCAGAAGCAGACCGAGUACUCAGCCUUGAGGAAGGACUCGGCACCCUCAUAAAUGGCCUCGUAAAUUUCGUUCAAGCGCUGGGUCGCUGUGACGUGGUCGGUUUGAUCUGCGAGCCCCUCUUCUUCUCCGGAUCCAGAAGAGGAUUUUACGGGGAUGGCAGCAAUGAUCUUAAAUUGGAGGUAACCCCAGAGCAAGGCAACAACGGCCGAGCCAAAAAUGAGGCCCGAUGCCCCAGUCUAUAUCAAUU